GUGUACCAAUAUUAGGGAAGCAUUAUGAUGUUUAUAACAGUUUGUUAGGGUCCCACUGUGUCUUUAAAGUGGCAGCAUGUGAUCACAGUAUUUAUAUCUGUUUCCAGUGAGCCUGAGAUUGUUUUUGGAGGCAGGGACAGACUUGUGUAAAUCAUUGAACAACAUUUUUUUUUCUCAGUCUGCAGUGUUUAGUUUUCUUUGAUGGAUCGGGCUCACAAAGACAACAUGCAUGCAAUAACCAAAAGCAGGAUCCUGUUUUUGUGCAUAUGUUCACUGAUGUCAGUGAAGAGCCAAGCAGCUUCAACAUGUGAAGCACCGGUGAUUGAAAAUGGUUUUGUACUUGGAGAUAUCAAAGAGUACAAUGAACGUGAAAUCAUAAACUAUGAAUGCAAUCCUCAAUAUAAACGUGUUCAAGAAUUACCUUCAAGGUGCACAAAGAUAGGAGACAGAGCAGAGUGGAUCCCCACACCUGAAUGUGAAGAAAUAAAAUGUGAGCUGACACUGACACCACUCCCAGGAACCACAUAUGAACCUGCUAAUAGAAAUAGGUUUUCACCUGGUGAAACGAUAAGAGUUACAUGUGAGGAGAGAUACUGGAUUGGGGCAACCCGCACACUUUCAGUGGAGACUACUUGCAAAGAGGAUGGAGAGUGGACUGUCAGACCAGUAUGUCAAGAGCUUACAUGCAGCCGUCCACAUGAUAGACUUUUGUCCUACUGGGAGGACUCUUGGCGUGGGUGGUCAAAGAAAUUGGGCGAUACUGCCAGCUACACAUGUAGAUCAGGAUACAAGAGGAAAGAUGGCGUCACUAGGGCCACAUGCACCAGAGAUGGAUGGGAACCAAAUCCACUUUGUCAAGAGAUAAAAUGCAUGAGGAAACAUUUUAAUAAUGCAGAUAUUACUGGAAAAAUUCAGGCUGAAUACAGGUACAAUGAUCGUGUCCAGUAUAACUGCAAGAGAGGUUAUGAAGGAAGUUUCACUCUAACCUGUAGAGAAGAUGGCUGGCAUGGGUCUAAUGAAUGCCCAGCAGCUUCAACAUGUGAAGCACCGGUGAUUGAAAAUGGUUUUGUACUUGGAGAUAUCAAAGAGUACAAUGAACGUGAAAUCAUAAACUAUGAAUGCAAUCCUCAAUAUAAACGUGUUCAAGAAUUACCUUCAAGGUGCACAAAGAUAGGAGACAGAGCAGAGUGGAUCCCCACACCUGAAUGUGAAGAAAUAAAAUGUGAGCUGACACUGACACCACUCCCAGGAACCACAUAUGAACCUGCUAAUAGAAAUAGGUUUCACCUGGUGAAACGAUAAGAGUUACAUGUGAGGAGAGAUACUGGAUUGGGGCAACCCGCACACUUUCAGUGGAGACUACUUGCAAAGAGGAUGGAGAGUGGACUGUCAGACCAGUAUGUCAAGAGCUUACAUGCAGCCGUCCACAUGAUAGACUUUUGUCCUACUGGGAGGACUCUUGGCGUGGGUGGUCAAAGAAAUUGGGCGAUACUGCCAGCUACACAUGUAGAUCAGGAUACAAGAGGAAA